GGUGUUGGCUAUGAAGGGUCUGGUGAGCAGGGUCUGCGAGCGGGAGAGUUGGCCUCACGGUGUGCAACUUCUGCCAUCAAUUGUUGCAUUUUGCUUGAUCUCCCCGUAGAAGAAGUUUCAACUUGAGGCUGUAUUUUCCACUAACUUCUCAUCUGUCUACACUGGCUAGCAUUCACAAGAUUUAUCACACUUUAAACAGACUGAUUAAACAUUUUUCUAAGAACUAUGAAAAAAGUGAAUCAAUGGCUAGAAAACAUUUAUUUGUGUGAUCAGACUUGAUAGAAUUUGACAGAAGACGUUAGCCAAGACGAACAGCAGACAGGAAAUCUUCGGUCUUGCAGUUGCCCCUCCGACUGCUGUAACAAAGGAAUGCCACCCAGGAAAAAGAGGAGACCCACAGUAGCAGAUGAUCUAACCGCUAAAAAAAGCAGGCAUGAUGGCACUAUGUACAGGAAACAAGAUUCAACUAGGAUGAAGUCUGAAGAGGAAGGGUUCUCAAAUAAGAGAUGCUUGGAGUGGUUCUAUGAAUAUGCAAGUAGUGAUGAUGUCAUAGGUCCUGAAGACAUGGAGAAAUUCUGUGAAGACAUUGGAGUUGAACCUGAAAAUGUGGUGAUGUUGGUUCUUGCCUGGAAGUUGGAUGCUCAGAGCAUGGGCUACUUUACUCUGCAAGAAUGGCUGAAGGGGAUGACCUUGUUACAAUGUGAUGCCACAGAGAAACUGAGAAAUUCACUUGAUUACAUGAAAUCAUUGUUAAAUGAGCCUACGAACUUUAAACUUAUUUACAGAUAUGCAUUUGAUUUUGCACGGGAAAAGGACCAGCGUAGUUUAGAGAUUAACACUGCCAAAUGUAUGCUGGGACUGCUGCUAGGAAAAACUUGGCCUCUCUUUCAUGCUUUUCAUCAGUUCCUCGAGCAAUCCAAGUACAAAGUGAUCAAUAAGGACCAGUGGUGCAACGUACUCGAGUUUAGCAGAACAAUUAACCUUGAUCUUAGCAACUAUGAUGAAGAUGGGGCCUGGCCAGUCUUAUUGGAUGAAUUUGUGGAAUGGUUUAAAGAAAGACCGAUGUCUUAGCACUUUUGAUUUGAAGGCAACAAACAGCCCAACUUCCAUAUUCAACAUUAGCCAUAAGACCUAAGAAAACAAUUUUGGAAUGCAGUUUUUGUUUUUGUGUUCCCCUUAAAGAAAUUCCCACUUGCUGGAAGCAUCACCAUCAACAAGCAUUGUGCAACCAAGCACAAAUCUGGUGUUCUACCUUCUCCUCUGAGCUGCUUUUACAUUUUGUAAUCAGACUACAACUAUGGUACUGCUGACCACACUGUGAUAUCUUGCUGAUGACAUUGUGUAUUCUGUGUUGUAAGCUGCUUCAUGACAGGAACCUCAUUUUGCAGAAGGGUUGUGAAUUUCACUGAAAAUUGUAUUAAAUGGUUAAAAUCUUAGAUGAAUAUUCAUUUGUUAAAAGACUUAUUUAAUUUAUUCAGUGCACACCAGUAGAACUGUAUAGUGCAACUUUAUCUGAUCAGAUUCAUGACUAGAAUUGUUUUGGAAGCUUAGGUUGUUAGACAACAAUGUGACUGACUUUGUUUGACUGCACCCAGCUGAAGGUCAAUAUUGCUGAGUUUGUUGAGCCUAACCUUUUGCCUUGUAUUUCCUGGCUAAUAGGCUGGGUGUUUAUUUAUAUAUUUGUUCAUAUAACUCAUUUGCCUCAAUAGUUUAAAAAUGUCCUUUCAAUGGGCACAUGAGCUUAAUUAUGAUGCUACCAAGUUUACCCAUUUUAAAGUCACUGUUUGCCAGAUGUGCAGAUCAGCUUCUAUUCCUGUCUUUAGUAUCUUGCAAGAUUUCUUGAAUGAUUUAAUUCAAGAAAUGUUCUUUUUCCUUUUGGUUCAGAAUGAAUAAGUGCAUCACUGCAUUAACUAUUGUAAUAGCACUUUCUGAAAAGUGCUGAUCAUUAAUUCGAUUUUGUUUUUCAACCAAGCCUAUGUUUUUUUUAAAUGGGGUUCACGUCACAAAAGUCACUUUCUGGUUGGGGUUUAACACAUUAAUUUGAGAUCAAUGCCAACAGUACCACAAUGUGAUGAGAAUGUCCUAAAGCUACCUUUUUGAUCAAGUAAUGAAAGGUAAAUGAUGUACAUGAGAAGCAAUGUUUUUUUGGAAUUGCAUUUUUCUGUUGCCUUAGACAACUUCCACCAAAGACUACAGUUGCUGCCUAUCUAACCCAUAGAUCCUAGUAGGGUUUGACCACCUUUUAGUAUAUUGCACCUGUGCCAACAGAUAUGCCGUAGUACUUGCUCUAUGUUAGCAUGAUUUGAAAAAUCCCACAAACCUGGGAAGUGAUGACACUUUUUGUUCUAUAAAAUGGGACGAAGCAUAGGUGGGAUGAAUUAGGAACUGUGUAACCUUACGGUGUGAUCAAUAAUGUAAGAUGUUCCAAAACUGUUUUUGUGCCACAAGCAUAUACGUGGUUACCUGUGUAAGAAAUAUCUAUAUAUCCUAUCUUUCUAUAACUGAAAUGCAGAUGGGAUUCUCCUUAAAAAUAAUGUUGGCUUCAAAGUAUUUGUCCACUUCAGCAUCAAAUAGUUCCAUUUAUUGCACAAUAUUUAAAUGGGAAGAAUCUUGUUUAAAUGCCUGUUAUACAGACAAUGCCAUACCAUCUAAUUUCCAAUUCAAAAUCUGCAUGGAGGUGGAACUUGCACAGGACUGUAUAGUUUUUACUUAAAGAAAAAAGGCAUUGUGAGCUAUUUUCCCUUCUCCUUGAUUGCAUUUUGUAUUCGUGAACAUUUGGAUGGCCUCUUCUAUGACAGCACAACUGACUAAAAGCGCAGUGUUGUGUGGUUGCCUAGGUUUGAUCUUUAAGAAGAAACUUAACCAAUGCUAGGAAAUCAGUUCUAGUCAUUCGGCGAUUUUAUCCUAGAUCUUGGACAUCCUUUUAUUAAUUUUAAAAUGUUGAAAUGCUGUACAUCAUUGGGCCCUAUAUCUGCUAUGUUUUUGAUGCUAUUAACCUAAAUAGAUCAGGUAUGGAGCAGGUAUUGUUGGCUUUUUUUUAAAAAAAAGCUCUUUUGCAUUCAAUUCCUGCGAUUAUGGAAAUAUCAGCAAUUAGUGUUAUGUAAAAUGUUGCAAGGUUGUGCCGGUGAUGAAGUUGUACAUGAUAGGCCUCCUGUUUUAUCAUUUGUUAUUGUGCUUACACUUUGAUGACCUGACUUUCUGAUUUCUUAAAGUAGAUCAAGUACAGCUAAUUGUUAUUUUUUGUGUCAACCUGCAUGGUUAUGACAUUUGCACAAUGAGAAGUACUUGUGGAAACAGUUAACUUAAAUCUCAAAUUAUAGCACUUUUUAUGAACAUUUAUUUUUGUCUGGCUCCAGUUUUCAGUCCUGAGUCUUGCAAGCCUACCAGAACAAAACAUUCAUUCACUGAAAACUACAUAAUUGCAGCAUGGAAUAUUCCAUGCAUUACAUCUAAUUGGGAGAUUUUUACAAGCCUGUUAUUGAACACAAGUACCAAGGUAAUUGCUAUAUUUUUUGAAUAUGCCAACUGUAAUUCGGAUUUCGCUAAUUCAAUCACUAUGAAUACCAGCGUGACAACCUUAAAACCAUGUCCGGAUCUUACCAGCUGCUAUGAAUUUUGUGUUUUGUCCGAUAUUCCAUUUUUUCUGCUUUUAAAACAGGCAAUCAGAUGUAUGGAAAUGUCAAGUCUUGUCUUGUACAUGAAGAAUUCUUCAGUCCAAAACUUUCAAAUGUUUUUGACAACCUUUGAUAUUAUGUUAAUAACCAUGUAGGUACAGAAUACAGUGAGUUUGCACUUUAUGGGAACAUCAAGAGUCUUCAGGAAUGAGAAUCUUAAACUCCUAAGUCUAAAUACACAUAAUAGGUUUCAUAUUUUCCCAGUAUCCAAUUUCAUUGACCUGCGAUAUAAGCUAUUUUAAAUAAACUGCUCACAAAUGAAAAUAUCGCAGCAGGUUAUGGUUCAAGAAGUGGUUCAAGGCUACAUUUCUAAAUGUGGGCUACAAUUGUAUAUGUGUGGCUAGUUCUUAAUAUCCAUUGCCAUAUGAUACAUGACUUAGUUUCUUCAGAGACCAGAGUCAGAAUACCAUCUGUAAAAUCUCCCCACAUUACAACUGUAUGGCUCCCAAAAGCUGCCUUGUAUGUGAUCAUUCUAAGAGUACAAUAAAUUUCAAAUUAUGAAACUAAUCAACUUAAAAUGUGUAAAUCAACAGUUAAUAACAUUAGUUUUAAGUACAUUUGCCAAAGGGGAUUUUGCAACAUUAGCCAUUUAUUUAGAAAAAUGAUUAACUGCUGCUUUUACCAAGCUUAUUUUUGUACACUUACUGUGCUGUUACUGUAUAUAUUUUUUUAGUUUCUGAAAUUUGUGUUGGGUUCAGUUCCUUAGUAUGAUGGAAUAAUGAUUGUCAGCUUGCUUAAAGUAUCCAGUAAAAUGGAUGCACUGCCUAGUCCUAAAAAUCAAUGUAAAGCACGUCUUAUGCACAAUGAAACAGCUGUUCAGAUCAGUAAGUGGUGAUCCCACUCCAAUGUUUUGUAGUAAGAAAGUCUUCCUUAUUCAGAUUGCUACUGUAAAGUGUGUACACUGGUUUCAAAUGUUUAAGCUUGUUUUCCAAUUUAUUUAUCAGCACACAGAAUCGUGUAUUGCAAGUCAUUAAAUAGUGGUGAUUAAA